ACAAAGGACGGUGGGGGUUUGGAGCGGGAGCAUCGCUUCUUUCUCUUCUUCGUUACCUGAUGGCUGCUGCGUUGUUGGUGACGCUGUACGAGUACUCCCCGCUCUUCUACAUCGCCUUGGUGUUCGUCUGCUUCUUGGUGACCAGCGGUCUCAUCAUGGGCUGGUUUGGAUGGGAUGUUCCUGUGAUUCUGAGGAAUUCAGAAGAAACUGAAUCAGUUGUGAAAGUGUCUCAGAAACAGAUGCGGCAAGUGAAAAACCCAUUCAGUUUAGAAAUAAAAAACUCAGAAACCGCUUCAGCUUCAAAUGGCAUUACCCUGGUGUCUAAUUGCCUGGAAGACUGUCUCCUUUCGUGCUAUUGGGGCUGCAGCGUGCAGAAGGUCCAUGAUGCUUUGCAAAAACAUGCCUACAGCUUUCGAAUAAAAACUCCCCAGUCCUUUGAGGAUGCAAUGGGUCAUGAGUAUCUCUAUUGUCAACAGUAUUGUAUAAAGAAGACAGAAGAAGAGGAAAAGCAUAGUCAAUUACCAGAAGAGGCAGACACCAAUGAUUUUGGUCUAGUGCCUAGAUCUCGGUACCCACUAGUGGUACUGUUAACCCUUGCUGAUGAAGACAACAGAGAAAUCUAUGACAUUAUUUCAAUGGUAUCGAUAAUACAUAUUCCAGAUGCCAGUUACAGGCUUUCCUGCCGAAUACUGUAUCAGUAUCUCCUUUUGGCCCAAGGUCAAUUUCAUGAUCUAAAGCAACUGUUCAUGUCUGCCAGCAACAACGCGUCCUCUCUAAGUGGCUCUUUCUCCAAUGAAGGGACUGAAGACCACGUCCUGCUUGAAAAGGCUGGACUGGUGGAGACCCAAUCAGAAGUAUUGGAGGAGAGCAGCAAGGACUGCAUUGUCUGCCAAAACCGAGCGGUCAAUUGGGUGCUUCUUCCCUGCCGACACACCUGCCUAUGUGAUGAGUGCGUGAAGUAUUUCCAACAGUGCCCCAUGUGCCGGCAGUUUGUGAGGGAGUCAUUUCCAUUAUGCAGCUAGAGAAAGUGGAUCCUUGCCAAAGAGGAUCCUGUGUAUUGUACUUAUCAGGGACUCUGUGGCAAAGAAUUGAUAAACCUUUCAGCUGAUGGUUUUGCAACAGUAUCUUUGAUCUCACAUUGCCUUCUACUUGAAUGAUGUUUGGUGCCUCGAAAAACUAUGAAGCAGCGUUUUCAUUUUCCUUAACCAGGCACUCAGAAGCAGCACUGUGAAGGCCAAUAACAUAAGAGCCUCAAUUCAGUCUUCAGGAAUGGUACAAAGGGGGAAGAACUUUAGGCCACAGAAGCAAUGCACUGAACAAUGAAGGACAUAUUUACAGGGAAAAAAAACUUUUUAAGUAUUUCCAGAACAUAUUUUAGUUGUAUUCCAACAAUCACAGAGCAUAUGGAGAACAAAUAUCCUCAUAUGUAAGAGAAGUUGGCAAUCCUUAUUUAUUUAUAAAGGUAUUAGAGUAAAUAUCACAUACUGUAGCUCGGCUUUCAGCCAUUAGCAAUGUUGCACUUUUUAAGCUAUAGUAGGGAGUGGGGAAAAGAAAUGCGUAACAAUUGUCUACAUAGGUUCAGAUGUCUUUUGGGUAUUCCAGCCGUUGUCAGUUUCAUGAUCUUGAAAUGAUGCAGGCCGAAAGUCAUGGAGUCCUGACAUAUCUGAGAUUGCCAAGUUGGGGGUGGCUGGUAUAUUCAGUUUUCUUGGGCUUGCAGGUUCUAAGCAUUUACAUUCAUUUGCAGAUGCAAGUGUGGCACUGGGUGUGAAUUGUCACUCCCAGCAAAAGGCUGUCUACAUGAUGCAUAUUCAAGCAAAUAGUCAUUGAACCGUAAAUUAGUUUCCACUUGUCUUGUUCUUGAACACUAAAAAUUCAUUUGCUUCAGGCAAUUUUGGACCUGACAUGACAUUAGUGAUGUCAUGAAAAGCUGAUGUGGUCCAAACUCAAUGUAAUGUAAAUGAGUCUGCUGACAAGGAAUAGUUCAUUUGAAGAUUGUUAUGCCUUCGAGUGGAAGUGUUUUGUGUAGACCUUGCCUCCUGUCCAAGAUGUCACUUCUUGUCAGCAUUUGGACACUUCAGUCUUUAUUUAUCCAAACACAAUUUUAGCCCCUGUAGCAAUUGUAUGGUUUCGUUGAAAUGAGACGAUGUCUGCAUUCAUGCAUACAUCAUGCAUAGCCAUAAUUUCAUUGUUUGUUUUUCGUUGACAAUCUAGCCAAUUCUGGUUUAUUAAAACAAAACAUGGGUUACAA